AUGGGAGAAAGAGGACAGCUUCUUCCCCCGCUACUGUCAUCCUCCUCUGGAACGAGCGAGGGCGAAAAGAGGCCGCGGGAUAAACCGGCUCUAAAUCCCGAGAACGUCGGCAAAUUUAUUGCCGAGGCUAGGGAGAGGAGGGCAGAGAAAGCCAAAGCCGCCCAGCUAAAGAGGGAUUACAAGAUCAUCUGCGACCCCACGGCGAAAGCAUCGUCGAACUCCGCCAGGAAGGCCAACCUGAGGGCCCAGGAACUGGCGGAGGAAUAUGACGAGCAGCCGGUCGGAGCGGUCGCGGCGGUGGCCACCCGCGAAUUGAGUGUUCUCGCGAAAUCGAAGAACAUCCGCGGAGACAUUGUCCGCGAUCUAUGGACGGCCUACAAUAAGAUUACUGGGGCACUGGAGUCGAUCGUUCAUAGAGCGGACAAAAAUUGCGACGAUAAGAGUCGCUCCCCCCCCGACCGGCGGGGACAAGGAGAGGGAGAGAGGGCUGGAGAAGGAGGACGCACUCCCGUGGAACCGCGACAAUCGCGGACGGAGACACGAUCCCUUCCCUUAGCUGGGACGGCGCGAUGGAGUGGUUGGGCGAAGAAAUCCGGACCACCGAGGCGCACAAGCCUACCACCAGCCGGGCCACGCGCAGCAAGAAGGCACGCCUUGAAGCUGUGCCGCGGGAGGACGCGGACGACGGGGAAGAGAGACCCGGGCUCCCGUCGUCAUCACGGAGGAGGAUAUAAGGGCUCCCUACUUCAGGCCGCCACUGCAGGGGAGAGCAAAGCAGCUCAACCCCCUGUCCAAUACGGCGGACAGAAGGACCCGAGUCCGCCCCACCCGAAGAAGGGGGGCAUCGGGCAGCCUUCGCAGCAACAACAACAGCAGCAACGAAGGCGUAAGGGAACGGAACCCGGCCACGAGCAUUCCCCUCCUGCCAACUCGUGGGCCCCUGGUACGCAGCUGUUUAAGAUUAGACAGCCGUCCACCGCCGCGAUCACAAUCACCUGCGCUGACUCUCAGGCGUACGCGGAGGUGGUGAGUCUCGCGAGGACCAAAAUCAGCAUGUCGCCAACAAAGAAAAUCAAAGGAUUUUCUCUACCCGCUAUGGCAGUGCGGCGGGCGCUUUUGCGCGAUGAAUUAAUGUUGAGUGUACUUCCGAAAAGGUGA